ACGCGCGGUGGGUUAUCCGGCUGCAGGUAGAUGCCAGACCCGUGGCAGCGGCUCUAGCGUGGGCUUUGCAGCCUUAGAGACAAGCUGGGAAAGGGGAGGGGAGGGAAGGGGAGUGGAAGGGGGGAGGUGGAGCGACAGAGCGUGCCAUGCAGUGAGCGAGGGAGUAUCUUUCAAUUACACACCUGGACUCGGGGCCGGAGAAGCGCCUGGCAGGUUGUCUAGAAGCUACUUGUAGAGUUCCUACCGACCUCCUGGCCAUAGUAUUGGGGGUCUCUUCUGUAUUCUUCUGGACGCUUUCAGCUCUGUGGUUGUCGUGUGUUCCGUAGUCUUGCUGAAGAAAUUUUCGGCUGGGAUGCCGGUGGGCAAUUGCCCGAGGAUCCCUAACUUGUAUAAAAGCAGAGUCCAUUUAAAGUUGGGCUGGAGAGCGACUCUCAUUGGUUAGGGUGCUUGGAAAAAAGAGACGCGGUGCAGCCCUUGCUGUGGGGCUGCUGCUGCCUCUGCUGCCGCCGCCGCUGCUGGAGUUGACUCUUCUGGUCUCACUGCUGCUGCAGUAUAAACGUGACUUCCAACAUUUUUAUUUAUCUUUCCCUUUCCUUUUCCAAGAUGUAACUACAGAUCAGACACUAAGGACCUUCACGUUUUGCUGAUGUAGUUUUUGGAGGAAAAAAGGGGGGAGUGAAGGGCGUCGGUUUUUUUUUUUGUGUGUGUGUGUGUUUCGGGGGAAAUUUUCCAUUAUGAGUGUUUUACUAAAGUGAUUUUUUUUUGUCUGCUUCGUCUUUGGCUUUUUUUUUUCUUCCCAAUUUCGGAUUUAUUUAGAGGCGAAUCUGGCUUUGGGGGAAGAGGAAGAAAAGUCGGAUUACAACCAUCACCAACAACAAUAAAAACCACCAGGAUAUUUUUUGCAAAUUUCUGACGGCUUAAAUUCAUGAAGCAAUUGUCCCCUUUUGCAAUCAGCAUUUGGAUCUCAGAAUGAGCAAGGAAAGACCCAAGAGGAAUAUCAUUCAGAAGAAAUACGAUGACAGUGAUGGGAUUCCAUGGUCAGAAGAAAGGGUGGUACGCAAAGUCCUUUAUUUGUCUCUAAAGGAGUUUAAGAAUGCACAGAAGAGACAGCAUGGUGACAGCAUAAAUGGGAGCCUGAAAACGGUGAAUGGGCUCCUCGCUAAUGGCCAGUCUAAGGGAUUAGGACCAGCAUCAGAACAGUCAGAGAAUGAGAAGGAUGAUGCAUCCCAAGUGUCUUCAACUAGCAACGAUGUUAGUUCUUCAGAUUUUGAAGAAGGGCCAUCAAGAAAAAGGCCCAGGCUUCAAGCACAAAGGAAAUUUGCUCAGUCCCAGCCGAACAGUCCCAGCACAACUCCUGUCAAGAUAGUGGAGCCGUUACUGCCCCCUCCAGCUACUCAGAUUUCCGACCUCUCUAAAAGGAAGCCUAAGACAGAAGAUUUCCUUACGUUUCUCUGCCUUCGAGGUUCCCCAGCGCUGCCCAACAACAUGGUGUAUUUUGGAAGCUCUCAGGAUGAGGAGGAUGUAGAAGAAGAAGAUGAAGAAACAGAAGAUACUAAAGCAGCCACAAACAACGCCUCGUCUUCAUGCCAGUCAACCCCCAGGAAAGGGAAAACACACAAACAUGUUCACAAUGGACAUGUAUUCAAUGGGUCCAGCAAAUCCUCAAAGGAGAAGGAACCUGCCCCAAAACACAGAAGCAAAGAGGCUACACCAGGGAAGGAGAAGAACAGUGAACCCAGGGCUGAAAGCCGGAGGGAACAGGCUGCUGCUACCCACCCCCCGGCCACAAACACAGGCUCUUCAGCUAAAGGGCUUGCUGCUAACAACCACCACCACACUCUCCAUAGAUCGGCUCAGGACUUAAGGAAACAGGUUUCUAAGGUAAAUGGAAUCACUCGACUGUCCUCUCUGGGUGCGAGUGCAGCCAGUGCCAAAAAGAUGCGCGAAGUGAGACCUUCACCGUCCAAAACUGUGAAGUACACUGCAACGGUGACCAAGGGGACUGUCACAUACACCAAAGCCAAGAGAGAACUGGUCAAAGAAACCAAACUCAAUCACCACAAGCCCAGUUCAGCCGUCAACCACACAAUCUCAGGGAAAAUUGAAAGUAGCAAUGCAAAAACCCGCAAACAGGUGCUAUCCCUCGCAGGCCCGUCCAGGGCCUCAGUGGCCCCCGGCGUCAAGGUCAAUGGCAAGUUGAACCCAAAGUCAUGCACUAAUAAGGAAGUGGGCAGGCAGCUGAGGGAGGGGCUGCGCACUUCCAAGAGGCGGCUGGAAGAGGCCCAUCCUGCGGAAAAGGCUCAGCCUCCCCCCAAGAAGAUGAAGGGCUCUGCCGAGGCCUCCAGUAAGAAGGUGGUGGCGGCAGCUGCGGCAGCUACUUCUUCUGGGGCUGACAAGAAGCCUCUGCUGAACGGACACCUCCGAAGGGAAGUGCCCGAGAAGAGUCUGGAGAGGAGCCGGCCUAAGCGCGCGGCAGCAGCUGCAGCCUCAGCGGCAGCCGGGGCCGGAAGGAGCCCGGCAGGGAAACAAGCACACGGCAGAGCGGAAGCUGCCGCCUCAGCCUCCUCUGCCUCGGCCGGGGAAAAUCGUUCUACCUCGAACAUGGAGUCCUUGCACAAGCCUCCCGACUCCGCUGGAAAGCAGGAGAAGGGCGGCAGUGGUGGAGGGGGUGGGAGCGGCGGAGGGGGCGGGGGCAGGCCGGGCUGGGCCGGCACCCAUGAGAUCCCCACGCUGCGGCCCUCCGCCAAGGAGUUUCAUGACCCGCUCAUCUACAUCGAGUCGGUCCGAGCUCAGGUAGAGAAGUACGGCAUGUGCAGGGUGAUCCCACCCCCAGACUGGAGGCCUGAGUGCAAGCUCAAUGAUGAGAUGCGCUUCGUGACCCAGAUCCAGCACAUCCACAAGCUGGGUCGGCGCUGGGGGCCCAACGUGCAGCGGCUGGCCUGCAUCAAGAAGCACCUCAAAUCUCAGGGCAUAACCAUGGACGAGCUCCCACUUAUUGGAGGCUGUGAGCUGGACCUGGCCUGCUUUUUCCGGCUGAUAAAUGAGAUGGGCGGCAUGCAGCAAGUGACUGACCUCAAAAAAUGGAACAAACUCGCAGAUAUGCUGCGCAUCCCCAAAACUGCCCAGGACCGGCUGGCAAAGUUGCAGGAAGCCUAUUGCCAGUACUUGCUGUCGUAUGACUCCCUUUCCCCUGAGGAGCACCGGAAACUGGAGAAGGAGGUUCUGCUGGAAAAGGAGAUCUUGGAGAAGCGGAAAGGUCCCUUGGAGGGCCACUCGGAGAAUGCUUAUCACAAGUUCCACUCCCUGCCCCGGUUUGAGCCCAAAAAUGGCCUCAUCCAUGGUGUGGUCCACAAGAAUGGCUUCCGGAGCAAGCUGAAGGAGGUGGACCAUGUUCAGCUCAAAACUGGGAGGCGGCGACUCUUUGCUCAGGAAAAGGAGGUUGUCAAAGAGAAGGAGGAGGAGGAUAAAGGGGUCCUUAAUGACUUCCAUAAAUGUAUAUAUAAGGGAAGGUCUGUUUCUUUAACAACCUUUUAUCGAACAGCAAGAAACAUUAUGAACAUGUGUUUCGGCAAAGAACCUGCAGCAGCUGAAAUAGAGCAAGAGUAUUGGAAGUUAGUGGAACAAAAAGAAUGCCAUGUAGCAGUGCAUUGUGGGAAAGUGGAUACCAACACACAUGGAAGUGGAUUCCCCGUGGGAAAAUCAGAACCAUUUUCAAGGCAUGGAUGGAAUCUUACAGUCCUUCCUAAUAAUACGGGAUCCAUCCUGCGUCACCUUGGUGCUGUUCCUGGAGUGACAAUUCCCUGGCUAAAUAUUGGCAUGGUCUUUUCUACCUCAUGCUGGUCUCGAGACCAAAAUCACCUUCCAUACAUUGACUACUUACACACUGGUGCUGAUUGUAUUUGGUAUUGCAUUCCUGCUGAGGAAGAGAACAAACUCGAAGAUGUGGUACAUACCCUGUUGCAAGCCAAUGGCACACCAGGGCUGGAAAUGCUUGAAAGUAAUGUAAUGAUCUCCCCAGAGGUGCUGUGCAAAGAGGGGAUCAAGGUGCACCGUACUGUACAACAAAGCGGCCAGUUCGUCGUCUGUUUUCCAGGCUCCUUUGUGUCCAAAGUGUGCUGUGGCUACAGUGUUUCUGAAACUGUGCACUUUGCUACCACCCAGUGGACAAGUAUGGGUUUUGAAACGGCCAAGGAAAUGAAACGUCGCCACAUUGCCAAGCCAUUCUCAAUGGAGAAAUUACUCUACCAGAUUGCAACAGCAGAAGCAAAAAAGGAAAAUGGUCCCACCCUCAGUACCAUCUCCGCCCUUCUGGAUGAGCUCAGGGAUACAGAGCUAAGGCAACGAAGGCAGCUUUUUGAAGCCGGCCUCCAUUCGUCUGCACGCUAUGGCAGCCACGACAGCAACAGCUCAGUGAUGGAUGGGAAGAAAAAGCCUCGAAAGUGGCUGCAGUUAGAGACGUCAGAGAGGCGGUGUCAGAUCUGUCAACAUUUGUGCUACCUUUCCAUGGUGGUGCAAGAAAAUGAAAACGUCGUCUUCUGCCUGGAGUGCGCCCUACGCCACGUGGAAAAGCAGAAAUCCUGUCGGGGACUGAAGCUGAUGUACCGCUAUGACGAGGAACAGAUUAUCAGUCUGGUCAAUCAGAUUUGUGGGAAAGUAUCUGGGAAAAAUGGCAGCAUUGAGAACUGUAUCAGCAAGCCUACACCAAAAAGAGGACCCCGCAAGAGAGCAACAGUGGACGUGCCAUCAUCUAGGCUUUCAUCCUCCAGUUCAUCCAAAAGUGCUUCAAGUUCAUCAUGAAGAUGCCAACACUCAUUGUCAAUUUAUAUAUAUUUUUUUGUAAUUAUUAUAUCCUAGUUUGGAGUACUUGCUGUAGAAUACAAGCUGUCUUUGCACUAGCUCUAAAGAAGAUUUUCUUCUGGUUUUAGAGAACUAAUUUUGUUUUAGCAUUAAAUUGUUGAAAUUUUUUUUGUACUUAGGAUAGAUACUGCAGUUGGAAUUUUGGAAACUGCCGUAUAUUCACUGUUUUAAAACCCUUGAGGGGCUGAGAUAUUAAUUUAUCACCCCUCUGGCUAAGCAAAAGCCUUUUUUUCCCCUUUCUUUUUGUUGUUGUUGGAUUGGUUUUGUUUCGGUGGGGUUGUUAAUGUUUUUUUUUUUUUUUGUGGGAUUUUGUUUUUUGUUUUUAUUUUUUUGUGAAGGGGGGGCUUUUAACCCUUUUUUAAUAGGUUGAAAUUUGAUGUAUUUUAUAAUUUGUUCUCCAGACAUGUGAGCAGAUUUUCUAGAGAGAAAGGGGGUAGGAGACAAAAAAAAACUUGAAAGAAGAAGAAGUUACUUUGGCUGUCUUUUCUUCUGUCAUGUGCAAGAUGAGUUUUGUAAUUUUCUUCUUUUAAUUGGAAGAUGCCCAUUCUUUUUCUUUGGGAGGUUAUGGCAGCUGAAGGUGGAUUUUGUUUCCUAACCAUAGGCAAAAGGAUGAGAGAUUUGGAGUGACAAGGUUCUUUUACCAGCACAUCACUAUGCAUCUGUUUGAGAGAGAGAGAGAGAGAGGGAGAGAGAGAGAGAGAGAGAGCGAGAGCGAGAGAGAGAGAGAGCGAGAGAGACAGAGAGAGAGACAGAGAAGACUGCCUACCUUGGAGGGGUCAUGUGAGGGAAAACUGUGCCUGAUUUCAUUAGGAAAUCCAUUCUGUUAUUUUUUUGGUGCUGUUGGCUACUUUAUCAAAAAAAAACAAAAACAAAAACAAAAAAAACAACCCUUCAAUAGCAUCCUUACAAGAAAAAAAAAAGGAAAAAAAAUGAUCGAAGCCCUAAGUGCUUCUUUGUCAUAGAUGUGCAAUCUUUCUGACAUUCCAUUUUCAUCCCAUGGCUGUUGUUGUUUCCCAUCUUUACACAAGUCAGCAUUAAUCCUUUCUUUUCGAAGUUGUUUCAUUUCUGUGAUCACAUUUAGAGCCACUAGGAGGUCUACAUAGUUGUUUUUGAAUGUGAAAAUGCAUCUACGCUCAUCUUGUCUAUUUUUUUUCUCUAUGUUGUAAUAAAACAGAACAAAACACACACAACACACACACACACACACACACUCACACACACACACACACACACACACACACACGAACUCCCAUCCCUUUUUGUACAUAUGCCUGUAAAUUGUUUUAAAUACUUGAGCCUUUUUUCUCGGUGGGGAGGGUGGGAAGGGCGGCAAAGGGACAAGAUGAAGAAAAAGCCUUACGUUUCCGUUUCUUCAUCAGUUGGAUUGGACUGGAUGCUUACAGGGUUUUUCUUGUAACAUUUAUAUAAGUGCUGCUUACUUCACUGAACAACAACAAAAAAAUCAUAAUGGAGUAGCUGUCGCCCUCUUCUGGUUGUGUGUACAGUCUGUGUGGAAUAAAGAAGGGAAACUUUUCACAAGCUGUCCUUUGUUUCAUAAUUGAGUUCAACAAGACCGUAGCUACCCACCUCACACCGAGCUUGCCAGUGAGGACUUGUCAGGGAGCCCUAGCAUACAAUUUGUUGGUUGUUGUUGCAGAAGACUGAACUGUUUUUGGAAUAUUGAACAAUAACAUAAACAAGUCACGUGUUUUCCAAUGUGGUUGUCUGGUUUUUAUGGCCUUGCUGUGUACUUUCCCCUCUUUUUGACAGUAAACUUCUGACUAUGGCUUACAGUUGGACAUUUAAUUUAUUAGCGCUGCUCUGCUCUCUUUCCUUGGAAGGAAAGACUUCAUUGUUGUUUAUUGCCAGUUUUUUUUGUUUACUUUUCAGGUUUGUACUACAAGGUUUAAUAAUAAAAACAAGUUUUUUGGA